UCGUCCCCACUCACAAACACUUGUCUGUUUCGUUUCUUCAUAGUUACUGUGCUGCUGUACACAUUAACAUGCACGGAUUGCUAUUCUGGGCUUUCUUUUUCUGCCACGCUCACCAGUUGUUUUGCAGUGCCCCAGGCUAUAACCAGCUACAACCGAAGAAUGGCAGAAAGGCUGCAGAGUUCACUGAAGAAGAAGCCCAGCCAAAAAUUUGCCAUUGGCCAUGCAAGUGUCAGUCCCGAAAACCUCUUUGUGCUCCAGGAGUAAGUUCCGUAAAGGAUGGCUGUGGAUGCUGUAAGAUGUGUGCAAAGCAGGUUGGGGAGAUUUGCAAUGAAGUUGAUGUCUGUGACCCACAUAAAGUUUUGUACUGUGAUUAUUCUGCAGAUCGGCCUAGAUUCAAAGUUGGAGUUUGUGCCUAUAUGAUGGGCGUAGGUUGUGAAAUGAAUGGGGUAUUUUAUCAGAAUGGCCAGAACUUCCAGCCAAACUCCAUGUACAAAUGUACCUGCAUAAGCGGUGCCAUUGGCUGUGUGCCAGUAUUCAUGCCAAAAGCACCAGCAGGUUUGUGUUCUCCUCUUGCGAAAGAUGGAAAGAAGCCAUCACUGAAUCACUGCGGCCAAUCAAUGAAGAAUCAACAGGAUACUGGUUAUCGAGAAAUGCCAGCUUACAGGAAUCCAGUAAUAAUAUCCAAGAGAAAUUGUCUGGUACAGAUGACAAAAUGGAGUCCUUGCUCUAAAACCUGUGGAAUGGGUAUCUCAAUAAGAAUUACCAAUGACAAUUCAAAAUGCGAGAUGAGGAAAGACAGAAGGCUUUGUUUUAUUCGCCCUUGUGAAAAAGACAUAAUGAAGCACAUAAAGUUUCAGAAGGGCAGAAUUUGCCAACCCACAUUUCGGAAGCCAAAAAAUGAACAGUUCACCUUUUCUGGAUGUAACAGUACCCGCAGCUACAAACCCCUGUACUGUGGAGUGUGCCAAGACCAGCGCUGCUGUGUUCCCAACAAGUCAGAAAUGACUACCAUCCAGUUUAAUUGUACCGAUGGAGGCAGUUUUAAAUGGAAAAUGGCAUGGACCAAAUCUUGCUCCUGCUACAAGAAUUGUGUUAACCCAGAGGAUUUAUUCUCUGAACUCAGACUUUUAAAAUGAAGAAUGCUGCUGUAUCUAAUAAUGUGUCAUUGAUAAAGUAGGUGCUAGUUUCUCUUGCUGUCAAGAGAAAUAUAUCAGUUACUAUAAGAAACACUGUAAAAUGUCAACUAUAUUUCUUUUCUAUAAACCUGUUUUUUGUUGAUAUAUUUAAAACAUGAGAGCUGCUUGUAUGAUAAGGCAGCUAAUGCAAAAUGUUGAAGCUCUUGGCAAAAGUGAUAUAAAAAGAGUCAACAUAUGCCUUUAGUUCAAGAACAGAUAAAAAGGCCAUUGUAUUCUUCUGAGAGUGCAUCAGGGCUUUGUGGUUUCCCAAACACUAAGCUCACCCGCUUGAUUAAAAUGAUUACUUUAGGAAAUAAAAUGUAUCUUUUUAAGAGUGCAUAUUCAUACAUAUAAGAAAGUUAACACUGGUACAAAAAUAUGUUUUGUAAAAUGAAACUAGUUAAUAUUACUAAAAGUGAGCUUGAAUAUGUAAACUAUCAUUUUCUUUUCUCAUUUUUUUAACUGUAGUUUAACUUCAUAAGUGUCUGUAAUAUAGAAUAUGAUGCUGGAAAACAGCUACAAAUCGCAUUUAUAUCUCUUCCUAACUGUUAUAAAUGCCCACUAUCUUCACCUGGGGGAUAUAAGGACAACACAGGGCAAAGACCAGUAGAAAUUAUAUAGCAGGGAUACAUACCAUCUUCCUUGUAUUAUUUCUAACU